AUGGGACGCGAAGCGGGAGCUUCCUUUGGGCUUCAACCAAGGGACUACACUGUUCUCCCCACGAAGAGCUCGUUUAAGAUCGACGAGGGUUACUCAGACGAAACGAAGAGCGUGCAGGAAAAUGAGAGCGUGCAGGACUCGCUCGAGUUGCCUGCAUGGAUCCUCGCGCGCAGUGAAGCAGAUAGAGCUGAACUGGCAUACACCCUGCUGAGAACGCUGCGGACCUCCUCCAUCACCGGGGUUAUCGAACGUCUGACCCCAUUACUCCAUAUGGAUCCCGUACGGAAACUCCCGCCGGAGAUAACGGCUGAAAUAUUCUCCUACCUCGAUCCUACUACGCUCCUGACGGCAUCGCUUGCCUCAAAACCAUGGCGCAGCAGGAUCCUCGAUUCUAGACUAUGGCGCGGACUAUACAUCAAGGAAGGAUGGAGACUCAACAUGAGCUCGAUUCGGGAAUUCCAUCGCCAGUCAAGUGAGAUCGCCAAGCAACAGCAAGGCAGAAAAUCCAGGAACAGGCACUCGGAGUCAGAGUCUGGUCAGCCUCAGCUCAAGAGGCGUGCGCUCGCCUGUGACCGUGCCGGGGCUGGUCCUCCUGAGGUGGUUGUCGGCAAGAUGCCUACAGACACCGAGGGAGACCAUGAAAUGCAUGAUGCAACAACGGUCGAGCCUAACUCGCCCAUGGAGAUCUCCUCCCCUACACGCUUGGCCGCCCGGCUCGCUGAGAAGUGUAAUGUGCCCCACUCUCUUGACCCUUCAAUGCACUCUCCGGGCUUUGACUCCCUCUUCACAGAUGACCGGUCACCCCUCCCUUACUCCUCGGCCGCUGUAUGGUCCCGCAACGGACCUACCUUGAACUGGGCCUACCUGUACAAACAACGUCAGAAGUUAGAAGAAAACUGGCGUCAUGGCCGGUUCACUAAUUUCCAGCUGCCCCACCCAGAUGCACCGUGGGAGUCCCAUCGUGAGAGGGUAUACGUUAUUCAGUUCGCAGGCAAGUGGCUGGUCAGUGGCAGCAGGGAUAAGACGGUCAGGGUCUGGGAUUUAGAAUCACUGCGGCUGAGGGGUCAGCCCCUAGUUGGUCAUACCAAAUCCGUUCUCUGUCUUCAGUUUGAUGCAAGCCCGGAGGAGGAUGUUAUCAUGUCCGGAAGUGGUGAUCGCAGCGUUAUCAUCUGGCGAUUCUCCACCGGAGAAAAAAUACACGAACUUCCCAACGCCCAUCUUGACUCUGUCCUCAACCUGCGCUUCGAUAAGCGGUACCUGGUUACUUGUUCGAAGGAUAGGACUAUCAAAAUAUUCAACCGGAAUGCCCUGCUGCCUACUGACGCAGACUACCCCAGGGUUGCCAAGGGAACCGGCCCCAGAUACCCUGACUACAUCAUAGAUACUGCAGCAACCCCACCAUCCACACUUGAGGCCCAAAUGGCCAACCAGCAGAUCAAGCCUCUAGCUCCGUACAGUUUGUUAAUAACCUUAGAUGGGCACAGAGCCGCUGUCAAUGCUAUCCAGAUUGACAAGGACGAAAUCGUUUCCGGGUCUGGUGAUCGGCUUAUCAAGGUCUGGAGUAUCCAUAGCGGUACUUGUUUGAAGACAAUAUUAGGCCAUAAUAAGGGCAUUGCCUGUAUCCAAUUUGACAAUCAACGAAUUGUAAGUGGCAGCAAUGAUGACACAGUCCGCAUAUACGACCACACGUCAGGGGCAGAGGUUGCCUGUUUGAAGGGUCACUCGGGACUUGUCCGGACAGUCCAGGCCGGCUUUGGGGAUCCUCCGGGCUCGGAAGAAACCAUGAGACUUGAAGCACUGGCAGUGGACCAGGAAUAUUUUGAAGCCAGACGCCGUGGAGACAUUGAUGAGAACCCUGUAACCACCCGCCGCAGCCAUAGACCCCCAAAUACAGGCUCCAGAUUGCCACAGGACGUCAUGGCGUUGGGCGCCAAAAUCCCCCCUGGAGGAGGUGGAAGCAACUGGGCCAGAAUUGUCUCCGGCUCCUAUGAUGAAUCAAUUAUCAUCUGGAUGAGGGAUAAAGAAGGCAAAUGGAUUAUCGGUCAAAGGUUAAACCAGGCUGAGGCUAUCAGGGCCGCUAGAGCGGCUGCAGCUGCGGCCGCCGCUCGCACACAAGCUAAUGAUCUGGAUUCCACCAAUGAAAUCUUGCAGGCUGGUCCUGCAUCAACGGAAGCUAUGCAAGGCCCUCACCAUGCAAACAACCUGGAAACCGGAGCAGCCGCCUCCGCUGCCCACAACCCUCUCCCGCCCCAGCAGCCGACUGACCAAGCAGCCGAUACCAACUUGCCUCCGGCCCCUGUGCUCCAGCAUCAGGCCCAAGGGCCCCAUGUACCACCAAACCCGGUGCCUGCCAAUAUUGAUGUCGCAGGACAUCAAGCCCUCAUACCUCCGACGGCAGGAAUAUUAAAGAUCCAAUUUGAUGCGCGCAAACUAAUUUGCGCAAGCCAGGAUACCCGCAUCAUCGGAUGGGACUUUGCAGCUGGAGAAAAGAAACUCGAAGAAGCCUGUCAAUUCUUCGAAGGAUUAUAG